UCUCAAUCGAUUUGAGCAGACGGAAGAGCGCGUACACAAAAAUACGUUUGUAAUCGUUUGUCAGAAGUACACAUCAUUUAACAGCGAAAGUAUUUCACUUCGUAUUCAUUCUGUCGUUUGUCUAACUUGUCUCAGUUUCUUGAAAUUUAUCGCGAAUUAAAAUUCCUGCCGAGAAAAUGGAAAAGAUAUUUGAACUCCGCCCGAAAAAAGAUUUGCUAGAUCCUACUUUCGAAGGAUACAAAUUGAGUUUGGAUGCUUUACCUGUUUACAAACAUGAAGUACCUGUGGCUGUCGAACAUUUAAAACCAAGUGAUGAGCAGCUUUCUUAUUCACACGUGAAAACAUUCGGUCUUCACAAUCAUUUGAUAGAAGAUCCUUGGUCAGAUGAAAUUGCCUUUUUCAUAUCAAAAGAUUUGCAGAUCUUCAAAAUCAACCUACAUUCUCUGGCUAGUCAGAAUCCUGAGUUUACGUCUGUAUGGCAAAUCCCACAAAGAUCUGAAAGAAGAGAUGGCUGGUUUAAUGCAUCUUUGAGUUUUGCUUCGUCAGAAUUGGCAGUUGUUACAGAUGGGGGAGGUGUAUUACAUAUAAUUGAUACAAACAUCCGUACUUCAACACAUUCUCAUACUUGGGAGGUUAAGUUGUCCAACCAAAUUAUGGGAAGUGGUGAACCCUUUAAGGUUAUACAUUCCAUUCUCAAUGCUGAAGAGGGCAGCCAAUUGGAGACUCUUUCUGUUUUGGUUCUCAAAGUUGAAUCAAUCGAUCAAGUUGAGAGCCAAAUUGCUUUGUCAACAUUUGGAUGCAGUGAGAAAGAGACUCCUUUCAUAAAUUGCCUUGAAUGGAUCGAGUAUGAACACAAGGAUGGAAAUUGGUCCUUCAAACAACUCAAACGUUUAGCGAUACCUCACGGCUUAGAUUAUGCUUCCAUUUUGAGCCCUGGUAAAUCGAUAUGCCUAAUUGCUCGGGAGCCUUUCGGAAUCAUAUUUGAUUCCACCAGGAAUGUCGCUGCUCCCUUACCAAGCCCACAAAUGGAUGAAGAUGAAGCUGAAAAUAAAGUUGCAUAUACUUGGGCAGAAACUCCAGAAGAGGUGACUCUAUGGGUCAAUUUUGACAAACAGACGUCAAAGCACGACUUGGUCGUUAAGAUUGAAAGCCAAACUUUAAAAAUUGUACACAAAAACCAAACUUAUUUGGAUGGCGAAUUAGCGCAUGCCAUUUCGGUUGAUACGAGUACGUGGACAUUGUCGGAUGGAAAACUAGAGAUCAUCUUAUCAAAGAACAACCAAUCCCUUAAUUGGAGUCAUUUGGUCCUAAAUGACCUUCGUGGUCGAAAAGUUCUUGACGCUGAAACAGCUGCCGAGUAUGAAACUGUAUUGAAUACCACGAAAGGCACGCAAUCAGGAAAUGGUGGACGACCUCCAAUCUUCAGCAGUGAACAACUAGAGGAAUGCGAUGAUGAUAUGAUGGACGAAACCUACAUCUUUCGUUUCGAUGGAGAGACUAAUCAAUUUACACACAAAGCCAUACUGAGUGGUCAGCUACUAUUCUUUACUGAGAGUGCUCCAGGAUUAGCCCCGGCGUUCUGUUUACGCCAUGACGUUGAUGGGCUUAUUUGGCAGCCGAUGGGAGAUGAAUUAGAACAGCCAUGGGGAUGCCUUCACACUGCUGCGCUCCAAGCACUUGGUUACAUCCAGGCUUCAAAAGAACAACGAAAGUUCACUGUAGCACCUCCCGAUAUGACUUACGCAGCUUUGUGUGAUGCAUUCACUCACGUUUACAUUUACCGUCAACCCAAUUGCUCGUUGACUGGCGUGGAGAUGGUACAUCGUCCAACAGGCAGGAAAGUGGGUAAUAUUGCUCGUCAACAAGUUCUCAAUAUCGAUAGUUCAGAAGAAUGCCUUGGAGCCAUGGCCACCAAUACUUUCUUACUCAUUCUCACUUCUUCGUCACUUUUUGCCAUUCGUGUGAACAGCGAUUAAAAUAUCACAGAGUUUCCUUAAAGAACGGCUGAAUACAAUUACUGAUUCAGACUGUA